AUGAUCCUUGGCUGCCGAAAUAACAGGUCGUUGCAUGACAAAGAGGUAUCGAGUUCCCGGAAUUCCACUUAUACUAGACUUUCAGAGUAUAAUUUCAAUGUUAGCUUAAUGGAGCUGGUAUCGGCAAUGAGAAACAUCAAGGAAGCACGGUUCCUGAGGCCGAUGAGAUUCGAUCCCAGCCAAAGGGAUCCUAAUUUAUGGUGCGAAUAUCACGGGACUCAUGGCUACCAAACUGGGGACUGCUGGCAUCUGCGCGAGGAGGUGGCAAUGUUGUUGAAGAAUGGCCAUCUCAGGGAAUUCUUAAGUGAUCGGGCCAAGAACAAUUACGGUCACAGUCGAGACAGCGCAGAACCAUCGAAAAUAGGGGAAGACUCUCGUCGACUAACUAUUAACAUGAUUUUCGAGGGGAACGAGAUCAAUGGUGUAACUUUCACAGUAGCCAAGAAGACAAAGGUAUCAGUGACUCAUAGCAAGAGACUUCGAGAAGUCGCCGAAGAUGACAUCACCUUCAUGGAAGAAGACGUUGAUGGACUUCUUCUUCCGCACAACGAUGCCCUCGUAAUUUCUCUUAACAUUCUAGAUUUCAAAAUUAAAUGUGUUUUGGUUGACCUAGGAAGUUCUGCCAACAUCAUUCAAUGGAAUGUGCUAGAACAAGCCAAACUUACAAGAAGCAUCAUUCCGGCAACAAAGCUCCUCAUCGGGUUCAAUUUAGCGAGCUUGACAACCCGGGGGGAGAUCUUGCUACCCAAGAAUGUCGAAGGGGUCACAAAGACCACCUCAUUCAAUGGAUAG